AUGACAGACUCUGAUUCUGAUAUUGAAUUAAAUGAAGAAAGUGAGCGUCAAUCUGAAUUCCAAAAGUUAUAUAAUAAUGCUGACGACGAAUUUGAGAAGAAAAAAAGGGAAGAGGGUAUGAAAUUAUUUAAAGAAGAUUGGCAAUUGUCUCAAUUUUGGUAUAGCGAUAAAACAGCUGAAACAUUAGCUGAAGCAUUGGUAGAAGGUGCAAAUGAAGAUACUGUAAUAGCUAUUGUAAGCGCACCUUCUGUAUAUGCAGCAAUAUUGAAAUUAGACCCUUCAAAAGUUCUCACUGAACAUAUUUAUUUAUUUGAAUUCGAUAAGAGAUUUGAAUUAUUGGCAGGUAAAGAACAUUUUUUCUUCUAUGAUUUCGCUAAUCCGACAGAGUUUGAUGAUAAGUUAAAGGGGAAAGUUGAUAGACUUUUAAUUGAUCCACCAUUUUUAAACGAAAAUUGUCAAAAAAAAUGUAUGUGUAAUAUAUUUUGUACUUUAUUAUUUUCUAUUAUCUUCAAGAGAUUACUAACAGAAAUUAUUAUUCAAAACGCUUCUAUUACUGCACACACAUUGUUAGCCAAAAAUGAUGGUAAAAAGACAAGACAUGGAGUUGAAAAACAUCGUUUGAUUUCAUGUACUGGGGAAAGAAUGGCCAAUAUUAUCAAAGAGGCGUAUCCUGAUACAAGAAUAACAAAUUUUUAUCCAGAACAUGGUAAUGGUCUAAGUAAUGAAUUUAGAUGCUAUGCCAACUUUGAAUGUUCUCAAUGGAAAUUUUUAGAAUAA